GUUUAGUUUUCUAGAAAAUACGUCGUCCCCACUUGCAGGAACAGAAAUAGUCAUGCAGGCAAACCGAGUUAUAAAAACAACCACACCCUCAAUGCUUUUAUUACAAGGAGAUGAUACAAUCGCUCAAAGUCUGUAUACUAAAGUCAAAGUGGCUUGUUGGAUCCUUACUUCCCCUUCUAAUCUUGACAGGAAAGCUAUAUAUGUCAAGAACACCUGGAGCCGGAAGUGUACUUUGGUUCUCUUCAUGAGCUCUGUCAGGAACGACAGUUUCCCUACAGUGGGUCUCAAUACAACAGAAGGUCGAGGGCACCUGACAGCCAAGACUAUGAAAGCUUUUCAAUAUUUGUACGACAAUCAUUUCAAUGACGCUGAUUGGUUCAUGAAAGCAGACGAUGAUACCUACGUCAUCAUGGAAAACUUACGCUACUUCCUGUCCGACGAGGAUCCCAGCCAGCCUCUCUACUUCGGUCAGAAGCUCAAGCCUUACAUUAAAAUGGGGUACGCUUCAGGCGGUGCAGGCUACUUGCUCAGCAAAGAGUCCCUGAGGCGUUUUGGUUUAAGAGGGGAUAACUACACAAGAACUUGCAAAGCGGACACAGGCCACGAGGACGUGGAAAUGGCCAGAUGCAUGGAGAGCCUUGGCGUGAAAUUGAAGCCCACAUUUGACAACAUGAACCGGCACCGUUUUCAUUUCACUUCGCCAGAGGUUUAUCUCAAGGCGACGUUUUCUGACCAGUGGAAAACAGUGUUCGACCCUGAACAGGGCAGAGGCGGCAUUGAAAACAUCAGCAACUACGCCAUCACAUUUCACUACGUCAGCGGCAGCAAGAUGCACGACUUAGAAUUUUAUAUCUAUCACUUACGUCCUUACGGAAUCUUAAAUUUGCCUUUAAAUUUAAAUGUGAAAAAUAGUUCAGAAAUAAACUAACAAUGACUCGAUGACUUUAAUCAGUUUAUCUUGUUUGAAAUCUGUUCUGUAACACAAUAAAUUUCUCAGCAAGGGGGUUCUUUAAUUUUUUAUUA